CUCUGUCGAGGCAUCUCAAUUGUUUCAGACACACGCGCGUACUUGUUGGCUUGACUGCCCAUCCUAACAAAAUCCACUGAAAUAUCAGCGAAAUGAGGUUAUGAGUUCUGCCUCUAAUUCAAAAUAAAGUAGACUUUGAAGUAAGGACCAUCUUCGCGGUACAUCCAGGGCAGCGCGUGGAGGGAUUGGGCUACAGCGCAGGGCAGUGACCAACAUUCUUCAAUACCGCCGCUGUCGAUGAGAUGUCAAUUUUCCAUCCACACUACUUUACGUAGCGAUGUGUCAUAGUAUGCUAGAAGCAACUGAGUUGAACCAAGAUGGUGAGGCAUUCGCGCGUGACAAAGAGAAUAUUCACUCCCGAUUUCCAACCUUAUAACUAUAACCUCCUACCCCAGCCAAGCCCAGACCGUCAAGCUUUCCACCGAGUGUACCUUUAUUAUCGACUUAGUCUACCAAGCACUCACCAAAGACGAACGACCUCAAAAUGCAUUUCCCACUCCUUCCCCCCACUCUCGCCCACAUUCUCACCACUCUCGCCACCCUCAUCCCCACCAUCUCCGCCGCUACCAUCGCCAACACCGACCCCAGCCAAAAGCCCAUGAUAGACACAUUCCGCAAGUCCUGUGUAAACUGGCAAGUCGACUCCAAAGCCUGCGCCCUCUCCGGCAUCUGCAAGCUCACCGACGACUCCCAUGAGGCAUCCCACCCGAGACUGCACGGAUGGCGCGAGACGAAGCUGGAUCUGAACCAGUGUAUCUGGUUUGAUGCCAAGGAGAGUAAACUCAAGUGGUUUGAGGAGAGAGACGGAAAGGUGGAGGAUUUAUCUGGGUAAGGAGUCCACACCUAGCUUGUAAUAUGAUGGGAUGGGAUGGGAAUGGGAAUGGGAGCUGACAAAGUGAGAAAACAGGACGGCCAACUUUUGUAGGGAUUUUUGCGAUUGCUGGCUUUAUGGAGGGGGGGUAUCAGGGGAUAUGUUGGCUUGUAUCUGUGAUUCGGGGAGUCAUAAGAGGGAUACGUGGAGUUCGUUGAAUUUGAGUAGGUUCAUUCUUUCAGUUCUUUUGAUGGGCGAAGCUGACUUGUAUGUAGCGGAACGGAUUGCGAAUGGCGGAGGGCAUUUUGAGUGCUUUGGGCGCAAGGGAAACUAGAAGGAGUAGGUGAAGUGAGUAAGGGACUUCAAUGGACGAAGAGCGCGACGGGCAGAGAGAAAAAUAACCAAGAAAAGCGUUAAUAAUUCAGCAUCUUUGAUUUUUG